AGCAACGUUAGCUCGACGGGCUAAGUCCCGACAGAAAUCUGACUUAAACUUUGCGUUAAAUAUGUAAUUGAUGUCUCAGACUCUGUUCUGGAACGUUUUCGGCAAAUUAUUGCGUUUACCUAUUCGUUGAAAACAACUGGAAUGAUUCGUUUGCAGUUCAUAAUGUAAUUAACAAUCAUUUACAAACAGACUGGACUAUUAGCAUCCAUGGAGCUAAUCUAUUUCCGAGGUUAAAGCUUUUAAAAUAUCAUGGUUUAGAGCUACAAGACGAUUCCGUAUGGGUUUGUGAGACUAUGUGGGGAAGACCACGUCGUCUGUGGACCCUGUUGCCCAGCUGAGGAUCGAGAGUCAGGGGACAAAGUGGACCUGGAAGUGUUGACCAAGGUAUCAGCCCCUCUGCUCUGCAGCAUCGCUUCAGCUCUGGUACAGUUCGCAUUUUCUCCUUCAUCAAAUCAGGUGUUUAUUUGUCUCACUCAGGUUUCAGAAACCCGGAUGUCCCAGAACAUGUGAAGGUUGUAAACAAGGAUUGUGGAAAGGGGAAUCCGAGGGGGAGCCAGGAUGUCAGAGACAAAGAAGGUGGAAGCAGAUGAGCCUGGAGUUUUCAGUUCGGAUCCCCACAUACCUGCAGCAUCCACAUCAGAACCGAAGGACGAAACACAAGAUAGCAAAGAUCUCAUCUAUCAGAUAUUGGUGAUUAAAGAAGAGGUUCCUCAUGACUGGAGCUCCUGUUUGGACCAGCAUGGCCCAGAGCCCCCCCACAUAAAGGAGGAAGAGGAGGAACAGUGGAUCAGUCAGGAGGAAGAGCAGUUUGCUGUGAAGGAUGAAGAGGAAGAGAAACCUAAGUUAUCAGAGCUUAAGCAAAUUAAAACUGAAGAUAACAGGCAGAUAGAAGCUCCAACCAGCAGCUCAGCUGGACAGAUAAAAGAAGAAGCUGAUGGAGAGAUCAGUGGAGGACCAGAACCAGAUAAUGACUUGGAACCUUUGUGUGCUUCUCAAGAAAGUCGCACAAUGGUUUACAACAUAGGUGAAACAUCUAAUAAGCUUUCCAAACUCACAUCUAAGAUAGAAGCACAUACUGAAGAGAAGCCGUUUGGUUGCAAUAUUUGUGGAAAAGGGUUCAAAAGUCAAACUGCUAUUGAAAUACACAUGUUGACACACAAUGGGAAGAGAGAACAUAGCUGUGACCUUUGUGGUAAAAUAUUUAAAAAGAAGAGUUCUCUUCAGACACACAUGAGAGUUCACACUGGUGAGAGACCAUUUGCCUGUGCUGAUUGUGGUAGAAGGUUUCAUAGAAAGGCGAUUCUUAAAAGUCACUUGGAGGUCCAUUCAGGGGAAAAGUCUUUUUCCUGUGAUGUUUGUGGUUCAGGGUUUAAAAGAAAAGAAACCCUUAAAAAGCACAUGUGGAUCCACUCUGCAGAGAAGCCAUUUGUUUGUAGUGUUUGCAGUAAAGGAUUUUCACGACAAAAUCACCUCAAAAGUCACAUGUGUGUUCACACAGGGGAGAAACCGUUUAUUUGCAGUGUUUGUAGUUCAGGAUUUGCAUUACAGCAGAGUCUAAAGACUCACAUGCUUGUUCACACAGGUGAGAAACCCUUCAUUUGCAGUUUUUGUAGCAAAGCAUUUUCCCUACAGAGUCAUCUAAAAAGUCACAUGCGCGUUCACACAGGAGAGAAACCGUUUGUUUGUAGCGUUUGCAAUAAAGGAUUUUCCCUGCAAGAGAAUCUGAAGAGACACAUGCGCGUUCACACUGGGGAGAAACCAUUCAUUUGUAGCUUUUGUUGCAAAGGAUUCUCACAACAAAACCAUCUAGAGAGUCACAUGCGUGUUCACACAGGGGAUAAACCAUUUACUUGUAGUGUUUGCAGUCAAGGAUUUUCACGACAAGCUUAUCUGAAAAACCACAUGGAUGUUCACACUCCACAAUUUGGAGUUAGUUGACCUGUAACAGAGGAAAUGCAUUUAAAGACCUUAUCUUACCACUAUGCACUUUUCAUUGUUUUCUAUAUUGUUGACUGAGAUUUUGAUGUAGCUAAAUUCUUGCGUGAGGUCCACACUGGGAGGAGGCAGCAUAACCAGAGGAACAGAGUUUGGCUGUUACCUUGGACGUUUGCUGGCUUUCUGCUGCAGCAUAGGUAGACUUAAGGGGGUUUAUGAACCACAAGCUUCCACAGAGUGUGAUUUUUGUCUUUUGUUUAGUUAUAAGGAUUUAAUGAAGCGCUUGUAAACAAACUUAUGUAAGCUGUUGGCUGGCCAGUUAAAGGUUGGCUAUUAUGUAUUUCUCAGGCACAUUGUGUCAUUUUAUAGCACAAUUAUGUAACUGUUACAUUCAGUUAUUAUAAAAAUGUUGGAUAUAUCAAAAACUUUAAAGAAAAGAAUUUGUCUUGACAAAUAAAAAAAACAGGUACACGAACUAAAAAAUAUGAGCUGUCCUGUCCCCAUACAUCUGACUGUAGUAGAAACCUAUUUUUGUUUUUCAUUAUUGGCAGAGUUGCCCAACUCUAGUCCUUGAUAGCCAUCAUCCUGCAACUUUUAGAUGUCUCCCUUUUCCAACACACCAGAAUCAAAUUGUUCAUCAGCAUCUUUUCUCUUCGCAAAGGUUAUGAGUCAUUCAUUGGAUUCAGGUGUGUAGGAGCAGGGACACAUCUAAAAGUAAAAGGAUAGGAGAUCUCAAGGACUGACUUUGGACACCUCUGAUGUGGUGAUUAGGAGUGUUUACCAUAAAGUAUCUGGCUAAAAAUGAACCUCAGAAAUGUGAUGACAACUAUAUUUCUUGCCUGUUUGUUAAAGUAGAUUAUUAUUUAUUAUUUAGAGAGACCAGUUGACCCAACAGUCAUGUUUUUGACUGUGGGAUGAAGCCGGAGUGCCUGGAGAGAACCCAAGCAUCCACAGGGAAUACAUGCAAACUCCAUUUAGGAAGGCUUUGCGUGUAUUCUAUAGGUAACAAAUUUGAGCCAGUUUGGUGCAAGGCAACAGUGCAACUAACGUCAACAAAAGUUUCUUUCAAAAGGUGUAGAUUUUAUCUUAGUGUUUGUUUGAUAUCAAUAAACCACAUAAAAUCAUA